AUGAGCCUGCGUUUUGAACUGUCAAUGGCUGCUGAGGCUGCCAGCCGCCACGGCCCACGCACCGGCACACUACACCUGGAGCGCAGCCCCACCGACACAAUUUCCAUUGCAACGCCUGGGUUCCUCAAGUACACGCGACGUGGUCUGCAGCCGCACAUGGUGCGCGAGGUCGAGCGCGAGGUCACUGCACUGUCGGCAGCAUCGCGCGUGCAACUGGAGGAUUUUUUGGAGCGCGACUUCCCGGCCGUCGGCAAGUACUCGGAGGGCCUGCACAGGUUCGUGCAUAUGGACCGCAGUGAACUGCUGCUGCUGGAUGCGCUUGAUCCGACAGUCACAAGACGCACAGCGAAGGCGACGAACAAGUUCCUAGGCGUGGACUCGGAGGGCGGCACAAAGCGGGUGACGCCGGAGAUGUUUGUCAAGCUGGUGAACCAGCUCAAGCCGGAUGUGUAUGUGGCGCUGGCGGAUUACGUGGAGGAGCCGGAGCCCAGCGCAACCAAGGGCAAGCGGAUCGCAAAGUCGGUGGAGCGGAUCGGGCCGGUGGCUGGACGACUGCGUGAGGGAGAUCACGGGCUCGGCCCUCCGUUUGGCGAGAAGCUGGCGCUCGUGCGGCACUCGCUUGCGACACUGGAGCCGGCGAAACCGCGGUAUAUGGUGGGCGUCAGCUCGCCCGACCAGGUAUUGCAGGCGAUCCGGCUGGGCAUCGACGUGUUUGACUCGAGUUACCCGUACGCGGUCACCGAGCAGGGGUUUGCCUCGACGGCGGCUCGCACGUCGACCUGUGGCAGCAGUCGAUGUUUGACGAUUUCGGCCCGCUGGUGGACUGGCUGCACGUGCUUUGCCUGCCGGAGCCACCACCGCGCAUACGUGCACCAUCUGCUGAUGACCAAGGAGAUGCUGGCCACGGUGCUGCUGCAGAUCCACAACAUGCACUGCUACAACCGGUUCUUCGAGGCGGUGCGCCAGAGCCUGGCGAGUGGCGACUUUGAGCAGUGCGCGGAAAAGUUCCUUGACCACUACGGGUGCAUGGCUGGGGAGGCGGCUGGUGCCAAGGGCGUCAAGCGCGCGUUCGAUGAGCUCGAGCUGCUGGCCUCACAGGCCAACUCGCCGACAACCAAAGAUCCAGCGCAAGCGGCACAACGAGGAGAUUGCCAAUGCCGACGACUGAUUUUUGAGCUGGUCCUGGCGAGAGCUGCGCUGUGCGGAGGGCACUAUUUCAUGGAGCUUUGGUAUUUUUGA